AUGGCCGCGAAGUCGGACGGGAGGCUCAAGAGGAAGAAGAGCGGCGGCGGCAGCGACGUGGCCUUCACCCCGCUGCAGAACUCGGAGCACUCGGGCUCGGCGCAAGCCCUGGCGCCCGGCCUGGGGUCCGGCUCGGGGGCCGACGAGGGCGACGGGGCGCCCGGAGGCGGCGGCGGCGGCGGCGGCUCCUCGAGCUGUUGCUGCUGCAGCUGCAGCUGCUGCUGCUCCGGCGGCGGCGGCGCGGCAGCCGCUGCGGGCGGUGGCGGCGGAGGCUCGGCCGCGGCGCUGUGCCUGCAGCUGGGUCGCGAGCAGCGGCGGCGGCGGCGGCGCUACUCGCUGUGGGACGGGCUGUGGCUGCUGGCCGCCGUGGCCGUGUACCUGGCCGACGUGGGCACGGACGUGUGGCUGGCCGUGGACUACUACGUGCGCGGCCAGCGCUGGUGGUUCGGGCUCACGCUCUUCUUCGUGGUGCUCGGCUCGCUGUCGGUGCAGGCGUUCAGCUUCCGCUGGUUCGUGCACGACUUCAGCACCGAGGACAGCGCCGCCGCCGCCGCCGCCGCCGCCGCCGGCCCGGGCUGCGCCCACCCGGCGCCCGCGGCCGCCGACAGCAAGAGCGCGCUCGGAGGCACCCCCGUGGCGGCCGGGGAAGGCGACUCUCGCCCCGGCACGCCGCACCGGCAGCCCGGCGCCCCCAAGAGCAGCCUGGCCGCCGCCACCAGCUGCAGCGGCGGCAUCGGGACCGGGACCGCGGGGCCUCCCCGCGCAGGCGGUGCCCGCAGGUCCGCGACCUGCUCCUUCUGCAUCUGGCUUCUGCAGUCGCUCAUCCACCUCUUGCAGCUCGGGCAGAUCUGGAGAUAUUUCCACACGAUCUACUUGGGCAUUCGAAGUCGCCGGAGUGGGGAGACUGAGAGAUGGCGAUUUUACUGGAAGAUGGUCUAUGAGUAUGCCGACGUGAGUAUGCUGCACUUGCUAGCGACCUUUCUGGAAAGCGCCCCGCAGCUGGUCCUGCAGCUCUGCAUCAUCGUACAGACUCAUAGCUUACUGGCCCUCCAAGGUUUCACCGCAGCAGCCUCCCUGGUGUCUCUGGCCUGGGCCUUGGCCUCUUACCAGAAGGCCCUGCGGGACUCCCGAGAUGACAAGAAGCCCAUCAGCUACAUGGCCAUGGUCAUCCAGUUCUGCUGGCACUUCUUCACCAUCGCUGCCAGGGUCAUCACCUUCGCCCUCUUCGCCUCGGUUUUCCAGCUCUACUUCGGCAUCUUCAUCGUCCUGCACUGGUGCAUCAUGACCUUCUGGAUCGUCCAUUGCGAGACAGAGUUCUGCAUCACCAAGUGGGAAGAGAUCGUGUUCGACAUGGUGGUGGGCAUCAUCUACAUCUUCAGCUGGUUCAACGUCAAGGAAGGCCGGACACGCUGCAGGCUCUUCGUGUAUUAUUUCGUCAUCCUUUUGGAGAACACGGCCCUGAGUGCCCUCUGGUACCUCUACAAGUCCCCCCAGAUCGCAGAUGCAUUUGCCAUCCCAGCCCUGUGUGUGGUCUUUAGCAGUUUCUUAACUGGGGUUGUCUUCAUGCUGAUGUACUAUGCGUUCUUCCAUCCCAAUGGACCCCGAUUUGGGCAGUCCCCCAGUUGUGCUUGCGAGGACCCCGUGGCCGCCUUCACUUUGCCUCCCGAGGUGGCCAGCAGCACCCUUCGGUCCAUUUCCAACAACCGCAGCAUGGCCAGCGAGCGUGACCAGAAGUUUGCAGAGCGGGAUGGCUGUGUCCCUGUCUUUCAGGUGAGGCCCACGGCCCCCUCCACCCCUUCCUCUCGCCCACCCCGGAUUGAGGAAACUGUCAUUAAGAUUGACCUCUUCAGGAAUAGGUAUCCAGCCUGGGAGAGACAUGUGCUGGACCGAAGCCUAAGGAAGGCCAUUUUGGCCUUCGACUGUUCCCCUUCUCCUCCUAGGCUGCAGUACAAAGACGAUGCCCUGAUUCAAGAACGCUUGGAGUAUGAAACCACCUUAUAAUCCAACAGGACUUGGGGGGGUCCAACAUCUCCCAAGAAAGGGAGGGGUGGCACAGGGCUGU